UGCAUAUGUUCAUUCAUUAGAUUCUACUACUGCGUGAAUCAAUGACAUUCCAAUUUCUUAUUGUGACAUAAGUUUAAUACUUCAAAUUUAGGUGAAGGUUUUCUUCUCGUCGGGUCCUGAUAUAAAGAAAAAAAAAAAAAAAGUAAUUUAUAACAUAUAUUAUGGGUUUAGCGCGGUUAGUAAGCAUACGGAAGAUUGAAGAAUUAUUGUUGUCACGGUUCACUAUUAAAGCCAGUCUUGUUGGUAGUAUUAUUUAUGUUUCUGUACACGAAGGUUAUUGGUCAAAGCAUAAUGAGAGUCUUAAAGUGUAUGAAAAAAUGUAUAAAGAUUAUCCAUAUUUAACGAGAUAUGUACCUAAAGAAAUUACAGGAGGGAUUCCGCCAAGUAUCGCAGAUCUAAAAUAUUGGUUAUUAACAAAAUGGAAUGCAGGAGUAAUCACGAGCAUAAAAUUUGUAGCAGAUAGUCCUUCUCACAUUACAAAGGCUUAUAACGCUAUUUCAAAAUUUACUCAGGAAAAAACAGAACAGCUGAUAAAGUCUGAAUAAUUAAUUUUCAUUGUAUUUAGUCGUAUUAUUUGAAUUUUAGUAAAAAAAGAAAAGAAAAAGAAAA